UGAUAAGAUUAGUGUGGCUGACAUAUAUGUCUUCAUUUCUAUAACUUUAUCUCUUUCGAAAGGUUGAGAUAUACGUUGGUUCUUCUUUCUAACUUGACUUCUAAGUCAAGCACGGACUCCAUUUAUUUUGGGGCAACUAUUGAAUGACGCGUGAGAGAUGUCCCUGGUUAUUUGGGCUGAAUUGGUCAAAAUGUGGAAUGGGCCCUUAAGCAAAAUGCAUAGUAGCAGCAAGUGGAACGCUGUCGUUUGGAGGCUGCAUUUGGGGGUAUUGGUCGAGAAGAACCCAUUCCCAAAUGAAGGACUCCUCGAGAUAGGGUUUUUGCAAGAGAAAACGAGAAAGGAAGAAGAAAGCUAUGGCUCGUGUGCCACUUACCUAGAAGCGUGAAAAUGAACUAGAGGCAUGUGUAGGGAGGCUCAAUCGGCAGAAAGAAAGAAAAGGGUGAAGGCAAUCGGAGGGCUGAAGACUUAGCUGGAGAGCGAGAUGAAUAGAGACUGUUGGAUCGUGAAGAUGAAGCGUCGAAGGUUCUCCGUUCCUCUUUCCCUUUUUCUUUUUCUUUGAUUGGGACCCUAUAAAAAGCUUAUGUAAAUAGUUUAUCGGGGCAUGAGUAAUGUAUAGUAUGAGUAGGAGAUAUACAUGGGUGUGUGUACAAAGUAAUAGACAGAAGAUCGUGUGCGAGAGAGUAGUGUAGAUUUUAAUUCGCUUUCGAAUUGCUUCUGGAUUUCACUAGUGGUGUUCAUGGAAACGUGACCAUUUGUGAGUUUCUCAUUUGGUGAAUUCCAGUAUCUUCCAUUUGUAAUUCUUGCUUCAAAUGUAAUGGAACUUUAAUCUUUGUAUGAUUCUCUUUGUUUUAAUUACGAUUCUUAUGCAUCACCAAUAGUGUGGUCAGGAUUGAUUCACUUGCGCUCCCUUUGUAUUGCUCUGAGUUGCGCAAAGGCACCACCAGGCUAACCAGGUUGUUCUCAAGUUCAGUCGGGCUACUUGGUCUCCACACAGAAACAUACUGGCUCUCCAAUGGGUUUUCAUCCGACCAUCAACAAAAUUCCUAUCUCUUGCUCUGCAUUUUCAGGAAGGAGAUUUGUCUUCCCCUUUGUCUUAGCCUUGUAUUACUUUGCAAUGUGGCUGACCUUACCACAAUUAUAACAUUUUAUGGAUCUGCACUAGUUUGCAUAAACUAGUCAUGUUUACCACACUUAAAACACUCCAUUUCUGGCCCACCUCCUCAAACUUUCCCUUGUCUUUUAGUCAUUCUAAUUUUGUUGACCUGGUUGUUUUUCACUAUCAUCUCCAAAAUCAUCUCUACCACGUCCUCUAGUACAUCAUCCCUUACUGUUCCAAGUAUCUUCCUUCCCUUUAUGUUGUGCUUGAUCAAGUGGUUGAAAGUUCUUCCUUUUCAACUGUUCGUGGGCUUCAAGUGAACCAAGAAGCUCUUUCAAUGAGAGAACUGACAAUUCCUUUUACUCCUCGAUGGUGCACACAAUGUUUUAGUGGCGCACACAAUGUUUUAGAAAUCAUCCGUCAAUGAUCUCAAAAUCUUCUCCACGACCCAUCUGGCAGGCAUUGUUUCUCCAUUCCUACUUAGUUGAUUUGCCACUUUCUCCAUCCGGUAUUCAGUCACAUGUUCUCUGUCUUUCAUCUUCAAAUUUUCAAACUCCUUACAAAGAGUUUGAAGUCGGACUUGGCUAAUAUGAUUGUCUCCUCUGUAUACAACCUCCAAAAUCUCUCAUGCUUCCUUUAAAGAUGUUGCUUUUGCUAGUCAAAGCUGGAUUUGUCUACUGCAUUGUACAAAAUGUACUAAGCUGAUAUAUCUUUUACUCGUGUUUUUCAACACGAUAAUCUGUGCUAUCGUCUCAUUUACAUCCUCUGUGGGUUCUUGGUACCCACUCUCCACUAUAUCACAUACAUCUUGGGAUCCCAAAAGAAUGUUAAUUUGUAAACACCAAUUAUCAUAAUUGAUCUUCUUCAACAAUUAUGGCACAAGGAUAUGUUAACAUUUUUUGCCAUCUCUCUCACUUUUUUUUACGCACUCUCACUUUUUUUGAAGCACUCUGUCUUUCAUUCUUUUUUUUUUCUCUCACUCGGCACUUAGAGCAUAAAACUCGCAUAAAACUCUGGUACCACUUUGUUAUAAAAAAGUGAUACACACAUAAUCUACAUUGUAAUUCAUUGUGGCUAUUUUAAUUGAAUCUCAAUUACCUUUAAAUAAUUACAAAUAGGACUUCGGUCCAAUAACAAAAAGUAAAACUAGAAAUAAAAUAUCAACAAAAAGUAAAAAAAAAAACUUCUUAAUCUAUCUCUAUCUUAUAUUAACAAAAUAAAAUAAUAUUACACCUAAAUAAUGAAAAAUUAAAACUAUCAAUCUCUAUCUUAUCUUUAUAAAAAUCAAACUAAUAUUAUUGGAUCCAAAAUAAUAAAAUAAGACUCACAAAAUUACUAAUAAACCUUUUAGAUUUAAGUUUAUCUAAUGCAUUCUGAUCAAUAUCAUAUAAUGUUUUAUAUUAAUUUUCUAUGUUUUUAUUGAUUUCAACAUUGAAGAAUUUUCUCCAAGUGAAUAUUUCUCUAACUUAAUUAUCUUGUCUCUUCAUGCCAUAUCAGAAGAUCCACACUCUUCUUUAGUAAGAACAAAAACUAUAUGCCAAAAUUUAUAUAUAACUCGAACCAAAAUUAUGGCAAUCUCAUGUAAAUUCAAUGAAUGUAGUCUUACGCAAUAGUGUGUAGCGUGUUUGUUAAACAACGGUCUUUUUAAAUUCAAUGCGAGACCAAAGACAAGAAAUUAGCAUGUAUUUGGCUUGCCGUUAGUAAGCGUGAUGCUGAAAACGGAACGUUCCUGGAUGGCAUCGUCGUUGAACCCGACGUUUUCAUAAGCACACCAUUAUACUUCUCAUGUGAACAGAAAAUAAAUGAAGUCAAAGCCAUGAUUAAAAAAAUUAGGAACCACGAAAAGAAGUGAGGAAAAUUUCGGCUAAAUAUUAUAUAAAAAUCGUAUCGAGAAAUACAAAAAGCUUUGGAUGGUAAAUAAUGGAAAAAUAUUUCACCUCAGAUCGUGUUUAUUGGAUUAUUAUAUAAUUAAUAACUUCUUUUUUUUUUUUUUCAAUUUCCAUCGGUGCAUUCUUAAUUUCAACGGGUGCAAUUUUUUUAAUGGAAUUACUUGACAUUGAAUAUUUUCAUUCUUGUCAAACCAUCUAACUUCUACUUUAGUUUUUUCUACAAAGAUGCGACGUUGUCAUGGUCAAUCCUUAUGCCAAUUUAUAACCACAGUUUGUUGACUUCCUUCUAAUUCUUUGCUUUGGCUAUCUACCCUCAUGGUAGUUCUUCCUCCUCAAUUUUUGUACAAGUGGGAGAGGCAGAAAGAAAAAAAAAAUUAAGUCACAAUGUUAUUUGUUUGUUUGUUAUUAUUAUCUUGCUUGUCUAGAAUUUCCAUUUCACUAGAUAGUUUAGCAGUAAGUGAAUCAAUCCAAGAUGAUAACACUUUGGUUUCUGCAAAUGGAAUCACUGAAGUGGGUUUCUUUAGCCCAGGAAAUUCAACAAGACGAUACUUGGGUAUAUGGUACAAAAAUGUAUCCCCUUUCACAGUGGUGUGGGUGGCAAACCGAAACACGCCUCUUCAGAAUAAAUCAGGAGUUCUCAAACUCAAUGAAAAAGGGAUUCUUGUUCUUCUCAAUGCUACAAACCACACCAUUUGGUCAUCAUCCAACAUCUCAAGCAAAGCAGGGAAUAAUCCAAUUGCUCAGCUCUUGGAUUCGGGAAAUUUUGUAGUUAAAAAGGGACAAGAAGCCAACGAUGAUGGCGUCUUGUGGCAGAGUUUUGAUCAUCCAAGUGAUACAUUUAUGCCAGGAAUGAAAAUUGGAUGGAACUUAGAGACUGAUUUGGAAACGUUUUUAUCUUCUUGGAAAAGCUUUGAUGAUCCUGCUGUUGGAGAAUAUGCUCUGAAAAUGAAUCUUAGUGGAUAUCCUCAAAUGAUGAAGUUCAAGGGACCUGAUAAAGUGUUUAGAGGAGGAUCAUGGAAUGGUUUGUCUCUAGUGGAAAAUCCAGGUCCGACCUACGGCACGUCACCAAGAUUCGUGCUCAAUGAAAAAGAAGCGUAUUACGAAUACGGGAUUGAGGAGAGUUCGGGGUUUAUCAUAUAUACAUUGACCCCUUCAGGCACAGGAGAAAUAUUGUUUUGGACAACUCAAGCAAGAACACAGCAAGUUCUAUCAAGUGGGGAGCAAGAUCAAUGCGAGAAUUAUGCCUUUUGUGGUGCAAAUUCUAUAUGCAAUUAUGAUGGUAACCACCCAAGUUGCGAAUGCCUGAGAGAUUAUGUUCCCAAGUCUCCAGAUCAGUGGAAUAUAUCAAUUUGGCUCAGUGGUUGUGUUCCAAGGAAUAAAUCUAAUUGCACAAAUAGUUACACAGAUGGCUUCUGGAAGUAUACAAACAUGAAAUUGCCAGACACUUCUUCAUCAUGGUUUGAUGAGACUAUUAGUCUUGAUGAAUGUCAGCAGUCAUGCCUUAUGAACUGUUCUUGUACAGGUUAUUCAAGUCUAAAUGUUCUUGAUGGAGGUAGUGGCUGUCUACUUUGGUUCGAUGAUCUAGUUGACAUGAGGAAUUUCUCAAAAUGGGGACAAGACUUCUAUAUCAGAGUCCCUGCUUCAGAAUUAGAUCACGGAAACGACAAGAAAAACAUUGUAGGAAUCAUUGUUGGUGUGACUAUUUUUGGAUUAAUCAUGACAUGUGUAUGCAUACUGGGAAUUAAAAAUCCAGAGGCUGCAAGAAAAUUUUGCAACAAGCAUUACAAAAAUAUGCAGAGGAGGGAAGUGAUAGAUUUGCCAACUUUCGAUUUCUCAGUCUUAGCCAGUGCCACUGGAAACUUUUCAACCGAAAACAAGCUUGGAGAAGGGGGUUUUGGACCAGUAUACAAGGGCACACUGAUAGAUGGGAAGGAGUUAGCUGUGAAAAGGCUUUCUCAGAAAUCUUUGCAAGGGUUGGAUGAGUUCAAAAAUGAAGUUGCAUUGAUGGCCAACCUUCAGCAUCGUAAUCUGGUAAAACUACUUGGUUGCUGCAUUGAAGGAGAAGAAAAAAUGCUAAUAUAUGAGUACAUGCCCAACCACAGCUUGGACUACGUUGUUUUUGAUGAAGGUAAAAGGAAGUUCUUAGAUUGGCGUAAGCGUUUCAACAUCAUUAGUGGCAUUGCUCGAGGACUCCUUUAUCUUCACCAAGACUCUACAUUGAGGAUUAUUCAUAGAGAUCUAAAACCUAGUAAUGUUUUACUAGAUGCUAAUUUGGAUCCCAAAAUAUCAGACUUUGGCUUGGCUCGAUUGGUUUUGGGAGAUCAAGUUGAGGCAAAAACGAAUAGGGUGGCAGGAACAUAUGGCUACAUACCUCCUGAAUAUGCUGUGCGUGGGCAUUUCUCAGUGAAAUCAGAUGUCUUUAGUUAUGGUGUCAUUGUACUAGAGGUUCUAUGUGGUAAGAAAAACAGAGAAUUUUCGGACCCAGAACACUGCAACAAUCUUCUUGGGCAUGCAUGGAAAUUAUGGAGCGAAGACAGGGCACUGGAACUAGUACUAGAUGAAGUGUUAGAAGAACAGUGCACGGUGUUUGAAGUUAUAAGAUGCAUACAAGUAGGUCUAUUAUGUGUACAACAAAGACCAGAGGAUAGGCCAGACAUGUCAUCUGUGGUUUUAAUGUUAAAUGGCGAUAAAUUAUUGCCAAACCCAAAGGCUCCUGCAUUUUACACUGAAAUUGAUGAUGUUAGCAAAGCAAAUUCUCCAUCAGCAAAUCACAAACCGUUCUCAGAUAAUGAACUUUCCAUCACAGUGUUAAACCCAAGAUAGAAAAUUAAAGCUCGAAAAUGUUAACCUUCACCUUCAUAUGUGAAAUAUGUUGAUUAUUUAAGCAUAGGCAAUAUGAUUAUAUAAAUUGCUAUUCCAGCUCCGGCUUUUUCUUUGUUCCAUGUACCCAAACAAAUGUGUUAUCAGCGAAGAAUUUUCAAACACAAGAGUUGUUAAUUGUGUGAAGAAGAGUAAAGAUUGAACAACUUAGAACCUUCUCAUUUUGUUCCGCACACAGCAGGAAAGUGAUUGUCAGAAGUUUUACGUUACAUCGUUCUUAAUGGAUUUUUUUCCCGAUUCUGUUAAGAUUUGGCUGCUAAGUAGUCAAUCGUGACCUAUAAAUACAAAAACAAGCAUUGUACAAAAUAGUUUAUAUAUGAAAAUAUGGUUAAAUUA